AUGGCGCCUGUGCGCCCGAUUAGGCAACCUUUGCAAGCGGAUCGGGAGGAACACAUUGGCAGGCGCUCCUCCUCCUCCUUCCAAGACAUCUCGCCCUCGGGAAUCUCCCUCGCGCUGGCGGACGCGGAGAAACUGCUCAAGAGGAUCGAGCGCCUACGAGAACGCGGUAACAAAUUGGAGGAUGCGCUCCGGACGCUCCGGGCAGCCGUUUCUGACGAGCCGCAUCCCCUGCUACGGGAGGAGUCCGCCAUGGACACCUCCCCGUCAUCCGGGUCGAGUGGCACAUCCCCUUCAGGGCCAUUGCUCACUCAUGACGACGAGGAGCCUGAGAUCCUCGAUACACUCGGGACACUCACCUUGGGCAUACGAGGGGAAGCCAGAUUCUUCAGCCAAACACCGCGCUCAGAGUAUCUCAUCCACAUCAGGAUUCCUCAUUAG